AUGGGCUCGGCACAAUUCAACCAAGAUCUCGCCGCAUCCAAGAAGCUGGCAAUAAAUGGCGUAUCCAAGAUUCGGCGAGGAGACUCUGACGGCGAAGUUGUCUUUACCUGGUCGCCCAAUGACGAUACACCUCCCCUGGACAUCCAGAUACUGAUCCUUGACGUUGACUCUUACCCGAGAGGCUCGAGCGUGUUGAUUUUCACGGCAUCAGAACACUCGUUCCCCGAUCUCUCCUCUCGUCUCGAACGCUUGUCGGCGUCACUUGCCGGCAAAAGCAUUAGCACCAUCAUAGAAACCGUUGCGGAAAAGCUGCUUACCAAGCUCGAAGCCGGCGCCAACGCGGGUGAGAGCGCCAUUGUCGAUUCCGAAGAAGACGACGACGAAUGGGAGUCUGAUUAUGAGGAAUACUCGGACGACCUCUUCGAAAUUCCUCGCGCCUCCUCCAAGCCGCGCGCUGCCAACAUCGACGAGACUGCCGGUUCCGCCACACGUCUCAAGACGGAAUUGCGGAUCGCCCAAGCAGCAGGUAUCGCAAUUGGAAUCCUCCCCAGAAAGUCGGUUCUGGACGCUGAAUUCUUCUCACUAUCUCUCCGAGUCAAGAAGCUUGGUAUCCCUGAGCAUGCCCUUGAAGCAUGGGGCCUUGAGCGCUGCGAGUAUUUGGUCCUCUUGUGCCGAUUCCCAAACAGCCAUCCCCCCAUUUCGAAACUCAUGGACAGCGAAUCCGAUGACUACAAGCUACAAUGUCGUUUUGGCAAAUGCUCCAAGCCCAAACCAUCCCUCGACACGGCUCGUCUCGCCUUCACAGCUCCGUCCGACGGAGCCCUUGAAAACCAAGUUGCCCCUUGCAAGGAGGCAAAAGAUGAUAACGGGAGCUUCAUACCUCUUUAUGUGUCCAAUUCCAUCAACAUGCUCAUGAACAAUCACUUCAUGACAUUGUUGAAGGCGAGGCGGCGUGACGGGUUAUCGUGGGACGCAGCUCUGCGCCUUCUGCAGCCCGACUCAGGCAGUAGUUCUUCGCCGCCCACGACCAAGACAGAUGCAGGCGCAUCUAAAGCAUCUAAAGCAUCCAAAGCAUCUGAAGCAUCUGAAGCUCCAGUCUCCGAGAACGCGAUACCUUCAUUGCGCCACGAUUAUGCUCUGGAUGCCGAGGACAAGUUCAGCCUUCCCAUGGCUGCUAUGCAGUUCGCACUACGGCAUCUAGCCCGCUGUACAAAGUAUUGCAUGGUCUGUCACCAAAGGGUAGAAGAUGGGUUCGAGGCUCUCAAGCCAUACGUCUGCUCUAAUUCCCUCUGCAAUUACCAAUUUCUGAACCUUGGCCUGGGAGCAAGCAUCGAGCAUGAAAUCAUCAGCAACCCCUACGUCGUCGAUAUCCUCAUCAGCUUUUUCGCUGUCGCCCUUGCAACCCCCAAGGGUCUACGAAACUUCCCCGCUGGUCUCAACAUCAGGAGUGUUUUCACCGGAAACAAGAGUCAGGACGCUACACGCCUCGCUGCCGAAGCAUGUUUCUUCGACAAGACCAUACGCUUUGGGCCGGAUCUGAAAAAGACGGACCCCAGCAUCAAAGUCGGCGAUAGACUAAUGAUCGUCGUCAACACCUCGUACACCCUUCCAGUGUCGACAAUCCUCGAUGGAAUCACAGACAUUUCAGUCGAUAUCUACACAUUUGAGGUCAUUGCCACCUUUACGGGUCCCCUGAAAUCGGGCGGGGUGCCACAGGAACAAGCCCCUACGCAGCUUUCAAUGGCCAAGAAAGGAUGGGUAAAUGUCAUGAUACUUCGGUACCAAAGCGAGAUUGAUCGUCUGAACGAGGCUGACCGAUCCAUUGCCCUGGCUAUGGUCUUGCACGAGAUUCCAUCCGUCCUGGAGAUGAGGAAAUUUCUCUUGAAGAAUCCGGGACAACGCCUGACCUCCUGGAGGAUACCGCCACAUUGGAUGCAAUUCCGCUUCUUACAAGGAACACCCGAACGCGAGCGUAUCUUCACGAGAGAAAUUGCGACCCUUUCUUCAGAAUCCAAAAAGGAUAUGGCAAUCUUCCCUACCAUAUUUGCAUGGCAUGGCAGCAGUCUUCACAACUGGCACAGCAUCAUACGGACAGGCCUUGACUUCAACAAGGUCAUCAACGGACGCUCUUUCGGAGACGGCGUGUACUUGAGCAACAAUUUCCAAGUGAGCUUGGCUUACUGCCGGCGAGGGGCCAGUGUUAAGAUGACGGGCCCGCCCCCGGUUACGUACUGGCCGAACUCCGUGCUCAAGCCGUCUUCUGCCAUCAGCAUAUGUGAAGUUGUAAAUCGAUGCGACAAAUUUGUGGCAACGACACCUCAUUAUGUGGUUAAGCAGAUUGAGUGGAUUCAGUGCAGGUAUCUAUUCGUCUGUGUCGAGCCAAAUGCCGAAGCAUUACAAAACCCCUUUCCUACCAAACCAAGAGAACCUUGCAGCGGCUACGUGGAUCAACAACCGACGAAGAAAAUCCUUGCUGGUCUUCGCCCAAACCAAGAGGUGAAGAUCCCCUUGUCAGCAGUACCUUCGAAUCGCCGGCACCUUGGUCAAAGUGGUGAAGGUGCAGUCGACGGUUCCGAAUUGGAUCAAACACAGCAGACGGAGGCUGAGUCGCUUGACAGCGACCACGGCGAGACGGAUCACGAACUGCUUGUUGAUUCCGAAGAUGAUGAAAGUGCCGCUGUACGAUCCAAUAAGCGCCGAAGCUCGUCGAUAGAUUCUGCCGACCAAAGGAGGCCCAAGCUAAGCUCUUCAGAGUAUUUAAAGAAGAUGUCCAAGGAGAAGGAGAACGCAGCUGUGAGUUUUGAGACAGACUUUGUGCCCGGAAGCCUGGAUCUGGACUCUCUCCCAAGGCUCCCAGAACCCAGCUGGGCGUCGACCUCGCCAAUGGCAAUCCGGACCCUCAACCGCUCCAUCAAGGAGCUACACGACAUCCAGAGCAAAGAAGACACUGCAUCUCUCGGGUGGUACAUCAACUUUGACAAGCUUGACAAUGUGUUCCACUGGACUGUCGAGAUGCACAGCUUCGAUCCCGAUCUCCCCCUCGCAAAGGACAUGAAAGAAAGGGGCUGCACCAGCAUCGUGCUCGAGUUCCGUUUCGGCUCAGACUUCCCCUACAGCCCGCCCUUUGUUCGGGUCAUACGGCCGAGGUUCUUGCCGUUCAUGCGGGGAGGUGGCGGCCACGUCACCGCGGGAGGAGCGAUUUGCUCGGAAAUGCUCACGAACUCGGGAUGGUCGGCGGUCAUGACGAUCGAAAAGGUACUUUUGCAGAUCAGGCUGGGCUUGACGGAGAUGGAUCCCCCGGCGAGACUGGAGACGAUGAAAGGGAUGCUCAACACUCGAGACUACGGCAUCGGCGAGGCAAUUGAUGCCUACCAACGGGCCGCGACGGCACAUGGGUGGCAGGUUCCAAAGGAUCUGAAGAGCAUUGGGUCUGCUUGGACGGCUGGAGAGCAGAAGAAGGGCAAGUGA